AUGGUUUCUCUUCUAGAAAAUAUGACAUUCCUAAUAUUGAUCAUUUUCUCUGGAAGAACCCCUCUUUCUCUCUCACUCCCUCUGCAACAUUUUAUCUACCACACUCUCUCUGCACAUCUCUUUCUCUCUCUUAAUUUCUCUCCUAUUUCUCUAACUUACACUCUUCUUUCUUUUUCUCACAUUCACCUACUCUUUCCAUCUUUCUUUACUUUGCAUUUUCUCUUCCUUUUUACUUCUCUCUCUCUCUGUCUGCUCCUCUCUCUCUAUAUACACCUCUUCUCCUGCUAUCUCUCUAUAUUUUCUCUCUCUCUCCUUCUCUCUUUACUUUGCAUUUUCUCUUCCUUUUUACUUCUCUCUCUCUCUCUGCUCCUCUCUUUCUAUAUACACCUCUUCUCCUGCUAUCUCUCUAUAUUUUCUCUCUCUCUCCUUCUCUCUUUACUUUGCAUUUUCUCUUCCUUUUUACUUCUCUCUCUCUCUGCCCCUCUCUCUAUAUAUACACCUCUUCUCCUGCUAUCUCUCUAUAUUUUCUCUCUCUCUCCUUCUCUCUUUACUUUGCAUUUUCUCUUCUUUUUUUUCUCUCUCUCUCUCUGCCCUCUCUCUAUAUAUACCUCUUCUCCUGCUAUCUCUCUAUAUUUUCUCUCUCUCUCCUUCUCUCUCCAGAUUGGUAUUUUUCUCUCUAUUUUCUUUAUUGGUUGGGAGAGUAAUUUGUUUUAUUUAAAUUAUUUUCCAUUUUCUUUUUUCCUGCCUCUUCUUCUCCUCUUCCUCUUUCUUCUCUUUAUUCUUCUUCUCCUUUUUCUUCUUCUUUUUUAUGCCAUGUAUUUUCAAAAAAUUUUGUUCCUUCAUCCACCUUUCCAAUUAGAAUUAUUCCACUUGGGUUUUUACUUUUUUCUUUUUAUCUUCUCUUUCUUUCUUUCAUUUCUUUUCAUCCUUUUACUAUUAUCCCCUCCCUUUCUAAACUUCAUUCUCUUUUCUUUCUUCUCCUCUUUUAUUUUUACUUUACUUUCUUUUUUCUUUUCUUUCCUUCUACUUUCACAUUAUCCAUUUCUCCUCUACCUUCUCUUUUUACUUUCUUUUCAUUUUCUUCUCUUUUCCAAUUGUUUUGUCUCUACAUUUUCUCCUUUUUAUAUUACCUUUCUUUUUUCCUCUUUCAUUUUCCAGUUAUUUCUCUUCUUUUUUCCCUUUUUAUCUUCCUCUUUCAUUCUCCAACUAUUUGGAUAUAAACUUUUCUUUCUUUCUCUUUUUCUUUUUCUACUUUUAUUUUCCGGCUAUUUUUUUCUCAACCUUUCUUUCUUGCUUUUUCUCUUUCUUCUUCACUUUCUUUUUCCUCUAACAUUUCUUUUUUCCUUUUUCUCUUUCUCCAUUUUUCUUAUCAAGCUCUCUUCUACCUUCCUUCUAUCUUCUUCUCUUUCUUUUUCUUUAUCUUUAUCCUCUUCUUUUGAUUUUCCAACUUUUCUUUCACUACCAUUUUCUUUCUUCCUCCCUUUUUGCUCUUCUUUCAUUUCUUUUUAUUUCUCUACUUUCCUUCAUUUUUCCUUUCUCCUCUAUGUUUUCUUUCUUUCUUUUCUCUUCUUUCCUUCAUUUUUUCCUUUCUCCUCUAUGCUUUCUUUCUUUCUUUUCUCUUCUUUCCUUCACUUUUCCUUUCUCCUCUAUGCUUUCUUUCUUUCUUUUCUUUUUUUCUUGAUUAUCUCAGCAUUUUUUCUCCAAUUUUUUCGGAUGUUUUCAAUUAUUCAAGCUUAUUUCUUUUCCUUGUAUGUUUCUUUCUUCUCUUCAUUGUUCUGA